ACGCGACCAGUGUCGUUUCGUCGUCGUCCGCGUACGUUUGUGCCGCCGUCCGUUCAGUUGGCGUACGCAACACCCGCGUAAAUAUUCAUACACAAAGCCGACGUGCGUUUUCCGCGAAAUUUGUUUGCCGCGCCGUAAAUAGCAGACGAAAAAAAAAAAAACACGCCGUUAUUGCAUAAUAUUAUGAACGUUUUGUCGCGUCGUCUGACGGAACACUAGGCGCGCGUAGACCACGACCUAAUUAACGUCGCUAUCGUCCGUACGAAAAAUGUCGCGCGGUCGUCCGCGAGACGUCUCCGCGACGACGGUGUCGUUGUUACUUCUAGUGUCGGUGGCCGCGGUGUCAUCCUCCGACAACGUGACCGUGUUUCGAUGCUGCGGUCGCGGCGAGAUGCUCGACCCGACCGACGUGCACGGGCCGUGCGCCCUGUUGCCGGCGUCCUUGCCGCCGCAAGACUUCGUGCCCGUCAUUUUCGACGUGAACAGCAACCAGUUCUUGAACCCCAACGAGCCUCCGCCGGCUUACUGGAACCUGGUCCAUGAACGGCCGCCGUGCCGGCCCGCCGCGACGCCCCAAGACCCGCCCCGGUUCGUGUCGUUUCUCAACGGUACGCUUCUGGCGCAACACUGGCCAAAGAACCUGAUGGUCGACCCGGGACUGUACUGCCUGGACCGAGCCGGCGCGCUGCUGUGCUUGCCCGACGAGCCGAACAAAACGAAAAAGUGUUGCGGCCCAUCGGCGGAGUACAGCGAAGUGAACGGAGGAUGCGAGAACUCGGGCCGGCACGACGCGGCCGAUCUUCCGGAAGACAUCACGUCCGGAUUUCCGCGGUGCGAGGACGACGUGUACAUCUUGUCGGGUCGCAUCAACGAGUCGCAUUGGCCCGUCAACGGCGCGUGGCCCGCCGGCGGACAGCUGCGUACGACCGACGGAGUCACACUCCAGCCUCGGGAAUACUGUCUGGAGCGCGUGCUCGAACAGACGCAGGAGCCGCGCACGUGGACCGUGUUUACGUGUGCGCCCCGGCACGGCGUCGACCACGUGACCAAGAGCUAUCGCGAGGACAUCCGGUUCACCCUAUACCCGCUCGGGCUGUUGCUGUCCGUGUUCUUCUUGGCCGUCACCCUGGUGGCCAGUUGCAUGCUGCCCAGCACUUAUCACGUGCUCCACUGGAAGUGCCAAGUCAACCACGUCGGAUGCUUGCUAGUCGGCGACCUGUUCCUGGCCUUCGUCCAACUGUCCGGCGACUCUUUGCGCGGACCACUAUGCGUUUUCACAGGUACGAUCGUGAAAAAAUGUCAUUGCUUAUAUCAUCGAUUAUCACUACCUAAGUAA